GUGGUGCCUCUUGGACCAUUCUCAGAGAGAACUGUACAAGGAGGUCAUGCUGGAGAAUGUCCAGAACCUGCUCUCCCUGGGGCUUCCAGUUUCCAGAGAAGACCUGACCUCUUCUUCUCAGGAAGGGGGAGCGCCAUGGCUUCUGGAGCCAAAAGGCCCAAGGCACCUUUGUCCAGAUUCGGUUACCAGUUUUGAAGUGAAAGAGGUUUCUGCAAACCCCAGCAUUUCUGUGGAAGAAUCUUGCCAGCAGAAAUUCAUGAAUGUUGGUUCCUGUGACUUCAACUUUAUAGAAUUCUGUGACUCUGAUAUCAAGGUAGAUAAAAACCCCAAGAAUCCCUGUGAAUUUGAUGAAGUUGGAAAGAGCUUGACACAAUAUUCAGUCCUAAAUCACUGUAAGGCAAUGACCCCAAGGAAUGACUGUUUUCAGUACAGUAACUGUGGAGAAUGCUUUACUGAACAGGCAGAGCUUAUUCAGUCCCAUGAGAAUUGUCCUGAAAUGCAAAUAGAUCAAGGUAGUCAACAGAAAAAGCCCUUGAGCUUGAGUUCAGACCUUAUUAAACAUCAGAAAAGUUACACUGGCAAAAAGCUUCAUACAAGUAAUGAAGGAAGAAAGGCCUUCAGCCAGAACUCUAAGAUUAUUAGCCACCAGAAAGUUCAUGUUCGGAAGAAACCAUGUAAUGAUGACGCAGCAACCUUCUCAUCUCUUCCUCACCACCCUAAAUUUCAUACUGGAAUGAAAACAUAUGCAUGUAACCAGUGUAGGAAGACCUUUUACUGGAACCCAGAUCUUGUUAGACAUCAGAAGGUUCAUAAUGAAGAGAAACCUUAUAAAUGUAAUGAAUGUGGGAAAGGCUUCUGCUAUAGAUCCCUCCUUAUUGGCCAUCAGAGAAUUCAUACUGGAGAGAAACCUUAUGAAUGUAAUCAAUGUGAGAAGGCGUUCUGCUACAGAUCACUCCUCAUUGGCCACCUGAGAAUUCACAGUGGAGAGAGACCCUAUAAGUGUAUUUAUUGUGGAAAAGCUUUCCAAAGUAGCUCCCGUCUUUCUUCCCAUCAGCGAAUCCACACUGGAGAGAAACCAUAUGAAUGUAAUCAGUGUGGAAAGGCAUUCACACAGAGCUCUCAUCUUGGUGCACAUCAGAGAAUCCACACUGGAGAGAAACCGUAUGAAUGUACUCAAUGUAGAAAGGCUUUCAGAUUCUGUUCUGGUCUUGCUUCCCAUCAGAGAAUUCACACUGGAGAAAAACCUUUUGAAUGUAAUCAGUGUGGAAAAGCUUUCCAAAGUAGCUCCCGUCUUGCUUCCCAUCAGAGAAUUCACACUGGAGAGAAACCUUAUGAAUGUAAUCAAUGUGGAAAGGCUUUUACACAGAGUUCCCAUCUUGGUACCCACCUGAGAAUUCACAGUGGAGAGAAACCUUAUGAAUGCAAUCAAUGUGGAAAGGCUUUCAGAUUCCGUUCUGGUCUUGCUACACAUCAGAGAAUGCACACUGGAGAGAAACCUUAUAAAUGUAAUCAGUGUGUAAAGGCUUUCCAGUGCAGCUCCAGUCUUGCUAAACACCUGAGAAUUCACACUGGAGAGAGACCUUAUAAGUGUAAUCAAUGUGGAAAGGCUUUCAGAUGCAGCUCCAGUCUUGCUGCACAUCAGAGAAUCCACACUAUAGCAAAACCUUAUGAAUGUAGUCAAUGUGGAAAGGCUUUCAGAAAGAGUUCCAAGCUUGCUAUCCAUCAGAGAAUCCACACCGGAGAGAAACCUUAUGAAUGUGAUCAAUGUGGAAAAUCUUUUAAAUACACCUCCCAUCUUGCUGCCCAUCAGAGAAUCCACACAGGAGAGAAACCUUAUGAAUGUAGUUAUUGUGGAAAGGCUUUCCAAAGCAGUUCCAGUCUUACUAUACAUCAGAGAAUCCACACAGGAGAGAAGCCUUAUGAAUGUAAUCAAUGUGGAAAGGCUUUCCAGUGUAACUCCAAUCUUGCUGCCCAUCUGAGAAUCCACACUGGAGAGAAACCUUAUAAAUGUAAUCAAUGUGGAAAAGCUUUCAGAUACCGCUCUGGUCUUGCUGUCCAUCAGAGAAUCCACACUAGAGAGAAAUCUUAUUAAUGUAAUCAUUAUGAAAAGGCUUUUACACUGAGCUCGUCUUGCUUAGCAUCAGUGAAUCCACAUUGAAGAGAAGUUGUAGGAAUAUAAUCAAUGUUGUAAAGCCUUCAGGCAACAGUUAUGCUAUAUUUCCCAUCAGUGAGUUAAUAGUAGAUAGAAAUCUUAUCACAGCAAUGAAUGAGAAUAGGCAUUGAAAUGAAAUACAGAGCUUAUUCAACAUUAGAACAAUAAUUCUGACAAGAAGUUCUAUAUGGAGUCAGACCAGAGAUCAUCUCUUACUUUACAUAAGAGGAUUCCUAACAGAGAAGAUGACUCUGAAUGUUGUUAAAUGGGGCAGGCUUUUCUCUGGAGGACAGAGAUCAGUAGUAAGUAGGCAACAGAAUAUUCAUAUUGGAAUGAAGGCGUGUAAAAGCGCUAAUUGUGGAAAAAUCUUAUUUCUUCACCUAGAGUUCAUACUUGAUUGUACUUUAGAAAAAUCAUGCUAGAGAUAAAGUUUCUAUAUCUAAUUACCAAGAGAAGAUUUGCUACAGCACAGACUUCAUCAGACCUCCUCAAAUAAAAGAUCCCAUUAAACACCUCCAACUUCGUAUUGUGCAUAAAGUCCUAUAAAUGGAAUUUGUCUCUGAAAUCCCAAUGUUUGUCACUUCUCAAUAGUUUAUGGCAUUCAUAUACUACAACUUUUUCAACCAUUUCCUAACUAAUUGGUACUCACUAUGUUUCCUGUUUGAUGGCACAAAAAGUCCUUAUGUAAGUAUUUUGGUGUCUGUUGGCCGUUUAUUUCUGUAAUGCUUGCUUUAAGCAACUAGGUGGUGCGGUAGAUAGAGUACUGUGUCUGGAGCCACUAGUCCUGAUUUCAUAUUCAUUCUCUGGGACUUAGUAGUCAUGUAAACUUGUGCAAGUCACUUAGCCUAUUCCUGCCUGAAUUUCUCCAUCUGUGCAGUGGCAGUAUUAAGAGUACCUACCUCCUAAGGUUGAUGGGAGAAUUAAAUGAGACACUGUUUUAAAAAUGCUUUUGCAAGACAAAUUACUAUGGAAAUACUAGCUUUCUAAUGAUUAUGAUACUUGGGUUUUAAGUCCCAUAGUAAAGUCAGUGGGCUAUAACAUGGACAGUUUAGUCACUCUUCCUUUCAGGCAAAUCAAUAUUCAGAACAGAGCAAAGGAAGGAUUAAUUGUAAUGCAUAGGACACUAGGUUUAGAAUCAGAUCCUCCCUAUCUGUAUAACUCUGGGCAAGGAAAAACCUCUCUGUGCCUCACUUUGUUCCCCUCUAAAAUAAGGAGGUUGGGCUCAAUGACUUUGAUGGUCUCUUUCAACUCUAAAUAUGUUUUCAUCACAACUACAUUCAUAUGUCUCUUUCCCAUAGCCUCUAUUCCAGGAAGGAGGCCUAGCAGGACCAAAUCUGAAACUACACAGGAAAGCAGUUGUCAUCUGAACUCUUUUGUCCUACUUAAAAAUAAAGAUCUUGAGAAACUGAUCAAAUGUGUAAUAUACAAAAGAAAAUGGGUAUAGUAACCUUGUGUUCAGUCAAAGACCUCCAUUAUGGUCCUAGUAUUUACCAACCACUACAAAAUGCUAGAAACACUGGAAGGUAGUCUGGCAGAAAAUAGAUAUGGAUUUCAAUAAUACAUAAUGGAACAGUAGGAAGACCAGAAGGAAUGAGGACAGUUUUGAAAGGAUCAUGUUGAAUUUUUAAAUCACUCAAUUGGCAAAUCAAGCUAUCCAUAUUAGAAAUUGUUUUUAUUCAUAGUCCUCUUUUUCUGUUGGGAUGGUGUAUAUAAAAAUGUUCAUUUUAGUUCAUGUUUGUGAAUUUCAAAAUUAAAAAGGUCAAAUACUGAUGGUUUCCUUUUUGUCAUUUUCAUCAAUUUUUAAGACAUGCCAAGAGAUGGCAAAAUUAUCUUAAUAUGACUUUCUCUUAUCAGUGCUUUGGAGCAUGUUUUCAUGUAUAAUUUAUUGUCAUUUAUG